CUGGAUCGGGGCAAAGAUGAAGCAUGGGAGCGGGGCUGAACUCCAUGUCCUGAGGGAUUCGGUGCAGCGCGAACCGAGAGGAAUCCAGAGCGAUGCACCAAGCGGCGUGCCCCGUAUCCCGGCAGGGGAUCAGUAAGCCCCGCGAUCUUGUGUGGGGAUGUGAAGGUGCUUGACCCACGGGAAAGAAGCAGCUCUCAAGGUGGGUUUGGCCCUGCUCGUCCUUCUUACUCCAUGGGAUUUCUUCUGUCCCCCGCAACUGACCUGAUGUGGACCGAAGCGUUUCUAACAUGAACUUUCUCUCUGGGAUCUGGUGGUCUCUUCCCUUGGUUUUGGUCUGGGCGACCCCACCAGUCACCUCUUCAUGGUGGUACAUGGGCGCCGUGGGCUCGUCGCGGGUGAUGUGCGACAACGUGCCGGGCCUGGUGAGCCGGCAGCGGCAGCUGUGCCGCCGGCACCCCGAGGCGAUGCUCUCCAUCGGCCGCGGCGUGGCCGCCUGGACGGCCGAGUGCCAACACCAGUUCCGCCGGCACCGCUGGGACUGCAACGCCCUGGAGCGGGGGCAGCGCCUCCUCGGCCGCGUCCUGCUGCGCAGUAGUCGAGAAUCUGCUUUUGUACAUGCCAUCUCCUCUGCUGGAGUUGUUUUUGCCAUCACCAGGGCAUGUAGCCAAGGGGAGCUGAAAUCCUGCUCCUGUGAUCCCAAGAAGAAAGGCUCUGCCAAGGACAGCAAGGGCCAUUUUGACUGGGGUGGCUGCAGUGAUAACAUUGACUAUGGCAUUAAAUUUGCCAGAGCCUUUGUGGAUGCCAAGGAACGGAAAGGAAAAGAUGCCAGGGCGCUGAUGAACCUUCACAACAACAGAGCUGGAAGGAAGGCUGUGAAGCGGUUUUUGAAACAGGAGUGCAAAUGUCACGGUGUGAGUGGAUCGUGCACUCUCAGGACCUGCUGGCUGGCCAUGGCAGACUUUAGGAAAACAGGAGAUUAUCUGUGGAAGAAAUACAAUGGAGCAAUUCAGGUGGUCAUGAAUCAAGAUGGCACAGGUUUCACUGUGGCUAAUAAGAAAUUUAAGAAGCCAACUAAGAAUGACCUGGUAUACUUUGAGAGCUCUCCAGACUACUGUAUCAGGGACAGGGAUGUAGGUUCCCUUGGGACAGCUGGUCGGGUGUGCAACCAAACCUCGCGUGGCAUGGACAGCUGUGAAGUGAUGUGCUGCGGGAGAGGCUACGACACCUCCCGCGUCAGCAGGAUGACAAAAUGCGAGUGCAAAUUCCACUGGUGUUGUGCUGUGCGCUGCCAGGACUGCCUGGAGGUGGUGGACAUUCACACCUGCAAAGCGCCAAAGAGCGCUGGCUGGAUUUCCCGGACAUGACGCACAGGCUACUGAUGCUGAGGACCACAGCCUUUGCCCUUCCUGGCCCAUGCAGGGAAUGCAUCAGAGGUCGUUUUUACUUUUAUGCCUGUUUUGCCUUUGUUGUUCAUUGCGCAGAAGCUGCUGAAAAAUUGAUAUAAACCCUGCAGCAUUUACUUCGCAUUUCUGUAUGACAGUGUUGCUGCAGAGUUGUCUCCGCAUGAACUGAUGCAGCUCUGGAAGGAUGUACUUAUGCCAGGACUCUCCUCCAGAAUCCAAGUGGCAAUUCAUUCCUGCCAUCAGGAACACAAGAAGAUAGAAAAUAUGGCACUUUUACAAGAUCACCACCACCAGCUGCAUGGACUAGGCUUGCUCAAGCAUCUUCUGAACGAUCUUGGGCAGGUCAUAGUUGAGUCCUGGAUACCAAAUGGCUCAGGAGUUUGAGCACUGGUUGGUGAUUUCCCCAUGACAGAAAAUUUGCAGCCAGAUUGGUGAAAAACUUAACUGGAAGGUGUUUGUUCGUCCCUAGUGGACUGGAGUUUCCAGUAAAGUGGCCACCUGAGGCCACCCUGGCCACCAUAAGCCCACUGUGGCUUCCUGUGGGGCAGGAAUUGGCCCAUGGCCUAAAACAAAGGAAACUGCAGGAGAUGUAUUCAGCCACAACACUUUGAUGAACUAUUGGAAUCAAAGAAAAUGUCACAGUUAUAUGUUUGUGAAAACUUGCCUUAAAAGCUUUUAAAAAGUAAUGAAUAUUAACUGCUGAGGAUUUUUUGUUUCCUGACCUGAAGGAUUGAAGAGAAUGGUUUUUCACCCUAGUGAAAUCUGGGUACAGGACACUCGACUAGCUAAGGAUUAGGUUUCUACUUUUUCACCUACACAAUAGUGGAAAAAUGUUUGUGAACAGUGUUGGAGAAGGAAAUGCCUUGCCUUAGUAAUGACUUGGAUUCUAAAGUAGUUACCAGCUUCUAUGUUCUUUUAAAGUUAAUAGAUCUAUUAAAUGUGCUCAAAAUUAUACUUUCUACUCAGAUGGCAAAAUUUGAAUUAGAUUUUUUUUGCAUAUUUUCUGCAAAGCUGCAUGCCUAUGAUGAGUGUAUCAGCUUGCAAUGGAGGCAAUUACAGGUUGUGCCAGGUCCAUAUGCUGGGCUGGGAUCAGCACAAAACAACAAGUUGCUGUAAAGAUGUGCAGGCUUAUGAGGCCCAGAAAUUGCAGCCUUGGUGGAAAGGAACCAGGUCACAGAGGGACCAGCUGUCUCUCCUCAGGGCAGAGAUCAGCAACAUGAACCAGAAGAAAAAUGGGCUCUGUACCAGUAAGUAUAAGCCUCUGAAAAAGAACCCAUGAAAAGUAGAGACAGGCAAGGUAAUGAAAAAAUAACAUAGGAAAAGGAGGUUUUAUGAGUGAUAGAACACAUUGUAGAUGAAGGUGAAAUUUCCAUGUGAAAACAAAAUAGACUGGAAGAACCCUGCAGGUACAAACAGUGCAAGAAAAAAUAAUAUCCAAGUAGC